GCGGAUCCGACACAGGCGGAGGCAGAGAGAAGUAACCUGGCUACCGUGAUGUUGAGCGUGAUGAGGGGAGUAAUGUGGAACAACAAACUGCUGCAAGCACACCUGCUCGCUGAACGACAGCAAAGACAAAAGCACCAGCAAGAGGUGGCCGCUUUAACAGCUGCCGUCCGCGCCGCAGCAACGCAGCAGCAGCAACAGCAACAGCUGUUGAACUCCACUCUCGCACGCAUCAACAGCAUCGAGGCUAAGGCCUCAGCAGCGCCAGGCUGCACGACAGACGCGACGAAGCAACUCAAUGAGCGCAUCGAUCACAUCGUCACCAUCAUUGGCGAACUAGGUGAUUUCACUAUUCCGGCCACGAUCAGCAGCACGGUGGCCGCCAUCAAGACGAGCAUCACCAAACUGCAGACAAGACCGGACGCCGCUACAAAGAAUUACAAGAUGCCGCACUUCGACAUCAGCAAGUUCGACGACUACAACAAGUCGGACGCCUUGACAUGGUGGCAAAGUUUCCUCCCAGAAGCAUCUUGCCGCACUGUCCCGGCUGACGACAUGAUGAAGGCGCUCUACUUGCAAUUGAUUGGAGGAGCGCAGGCAUGGAUGAACCAUCUGGCGGCUACCAAGAAAUGCACCAUCGCUGAACUCCACACGCACAUCACGUGGAAGGAGUUCGAGCAACAGUGGUUCACUCGAUUCAUGGUCCGCAACAUCGUGAAGGCAAACAUGAACGAGGUGUACACCUGCUCACAAGGAAGGCUGCGAACCGCACUCGGCAACGAGUACGAUUACGCCUCAUUCCAGGCCAUCCUGGAUCGUGCGAACUUGGUCAUCCAAACGGAUGACAAGGCCGCAAACGAACGGCAGUCCCAGCCGCAUUAUGUGGCUAAGGAUGGCUAUCAACGACCGGCACAUAACAAUGUCGUGAUUUCUGAAGAAACAGUCGAUCUCCACGCUGCAGCAGCAUCCUCGAGUGAUGGAGGAAUUGUAGCAGCGCUCCCGCCGAAGCGUCCCAAGAGAGUUCAGAAGAACAAGGCGACACAAGAGACGGCAUCGACGGGAACUGGGCAGCAGCCAUGGACGACAUACAAGAUAAACAAGGAAAUCUAUGACCUUUCUCAACGAAUUUGCGACGCUACAGCUCGAAAUGACGUCGAGGAGAUGGGCCUUGUAUUCUUGCAUGCUCUCCUCUCGCCGGACGGACCAGCCGCGUCACCUCCGGACCCACGCAUUUCUCACCUCUUGGACGAGUAUAGAGACGUUUUCGAGGCUCCCACCGGAACGAUUCUGGAUCGACCCAUACGUCACGGGAUCAAGCUCGAGGCUGGCGCCGUCCCUCCGCGUGGAUGUAUCUACCGCAUGAGCGAAGAGGAACUCGAGAUGCUUCGCGCACAACUCGAUGACCUUCUCGACAAGGGCUGGAUUCGCCCUAGUUGCUCGCCAUACGGUGUCCCUGUUCUCUUCGUCCGGAAGAAGAACAAAGAUCUACGGUUAUGCAUCGAUUAUCGCAAACUUAACGCACAAACCGUAAAGAACGCCGGCCCUCUCCCUCGGAUUGAUGAUCUCCUUGAGCGGUUAGGCGGCGCAACGCACUUCUCGAAGUUGGACUUGAAGUCGGGUUACCACCAGAUUGAAAUCCAACCUCAAGAUCGGUACAAGACCACGUUCAAGACGCGGUACGGGCAUUUUGAGUGGGUUGUCAUGCCAUUUGGCCUCACCAAUUCCCCCGCGACUUUCCAAGCAGCUAUGACGACUGAGUUUCGCGACUUGCUCGAUCGCAGCGCCCUCAUCUACCUCGAUGACAUCUUGGUCUAUAGUAGGACGUUGGACGAGCACAUCAUACACCUUCGCGCUGUUUUGGAUCGUUUGCGACUGGCCAAGUACAAAGCGAACCGCGACAAGUGCGAGUUCGCCAAGCAGGAGCUUGAGUAUUUGGGCCAUUAUGUUACGCCGAAAGGCAUUCGUCCCUUAGCGGACAAGAUCCAAGCCAUCGUGGAUUGGCCGGAAUCCCGUUUCACGACGGAUGUACGCUCUUUCAUGGGUUUGGCUGGAUAUUAUCAGCGAUUCGUCGAGUCAUACUCGAAAGUGGCAGCUCCUUUGUCGAGACUUCAGUCCCCGAAGGUGCCCUUCGAGUUCAACGAUGCAGCCCGUGGCGCGUUCACUACGUUGAAGGCAGCGAUGCAAGCCGCACCUGCCCUCCGUGUAUACGACCCCACCCUUCCCACCCAAGUGACUACGGACGCUUCGGGAUACGGUAUUGGUGCGGUGCUGGAACAAUGUCACGACGACGGUUGGCAUCCGGUCGAGUACUUCUCCCAAAAGGUGUCUCUCGUGAACACUCUCGACGACGCUAGGAAGAAAGAGCUACUCGCCUUCAUCACCGUUCUCAAACGGUGGCGCCACUUUCUUCUCGGUCGUCGGCGUUUUAAAUGGAAUACGGACAACAAUCCGUUGACCUUUUACAAAACGCAGGAUACGGUCACUAGCACGAUCGGUCGAUGGAUGUAUUACAUCGACCAGAUCGACUUUGACCUAUGCCACAUUCCCGGUCCCGCCAGUCGAGCUGCGGACUCCCUAUCACGACGGCCCGAUUUUUGUGCCAUUGUGACCACGACAUUCGACCUCGGUGACGAUCUGCAGCCGCAUUUCGUCAAAGGCUACAAGUCUGAUCCGACUUACUCUACGCUUUACGCGGAGCUUUCAUCCGAUCACCCGUCAGCUAGCCACUAUCGGAUUUCCGACGGGUUCCUUCUCCUUCACACGAGAGGAAAGGACUUGUUAGUUGUGCCCCAAGAUCGCAUCUUACAGACUCGUCUUCUCGGCAAAUUCCACGACACACGACUUUCGGCACACCUUGGCGUGGACCGCACAUUAGCAUGCCUCCGCCAGCGUUUUCACUGGCCCGACAUCCUUCAUGACGUCACAAGGUACAUUGAGUCAUGUGCAGUUUGCCACCGUAAGAAGGGUCGAUCUCGAGUCCCCUUCGGCAAAAUGAAAACGUUGCCGAUUCCUCGAGCACCGCGCCUCUCCAUUGCUAUGGACGUGACAGGCCCGUUCCCCCGCAAUCGCCAUGGCCAUGACGGUAUUCUCACGGUUGUUGACCAUUUGAGCAAGUAUGCUCGCUUCCUUCCUUGCAAGUAUCACGCUGCAGCGCCAGAGCUCGCACGACUCUUGCACACCGGUUGGAUUACCAACCAGGGUGUUCCGAGCGACUGAGAUGCUUCAUGUCGGCGUUUUGGGCUUCCCUCAUGGCUGAGUCCGGUACGACAAUGAAGCCGAGCUCGGCUA